GAUAGUUCUAGAUGCUGGUUUGAUUAACCGGAUGAAUUUUUCAAAAUGGCGUGAACAUGUGUCCGUAAUCCUUCGGCAGAAUUUUGACGGAUACUGUUAAUCGUUUCCAGAAAUAAUUAAGUAUUGGUCCUUAUCGACAACCUGACGACGACUGCUCACUGGUAUGGCCGUGUGUGGCGAAUAUAUCAGAAGUCAAUUUCCAACAAUAGACGACGAUCUGUAUCAGUAUGUCGAAGGAAUACUUGAUAGCUCGAAGGAAGACUUUGAAGACGGUGAUGAAAUUUAUGAAGCAAUCGGCGAGGUUUUGCAUGAGGUAGCAGACAAACCCGAAAACGAGGUUAGGAAAAUAUGUGAGAAAUUAUUGGAAAUGCUAAAGGAUGCCAAUGGGGAGAAAGAUGGCUCGAACAAAAGAAAGAAAAAUGGUGUUAACAAAGUGUUAAAUGCUCCAGUUCAUUUGGGCUCAAUGGCUGCCACAUUAGAAGCACAAGUUGAACAGAUUAAGAGUAUUUGGGUGACAACUCGUGAUGAUGCCAUGAAAGUGGAUGCAAAAAAGUUGGAAAAGGCAGAAGCAAAGUUGCAACAGAAACAAGAAAAACGAGUUGGCAAUGAAAGUGCAGCAAACCGUAACACUCCAUCAAUGAGUCAAGGUAUAGAGACAGCGAGUGCCAGUCAGAUGACCAGUAAAAAAGAUAGCCGAUUGGAAACAAAAGGGGGUUCUAAUAGGACACAAGACAUCAGAAUAGAAAACUUUGAUGUAGCUUAUGGCGAUCGAGUAUUAUUACAAGGAGCUGAUUUAACAUUAGCCUUUGGUCGCCGUUACGGUCUCGUAGGUCGUAAUGGUCUUGGGAAAACGACUCUUCUACGAAUGAUAUCUGCUAAUCAUCUUCGGAUACCAUCUCACAUACGUGUGCUGCACGUGGAGCAAGAAGUUGCUGGAGAUGAAACAUCAGCUUUAGAAUCGGUGCUAGGUUGUGAUCAGGAACGUAGUACUUUACUUAGUCGGGAGGCUGAAUUGCAAGCAGCAAUCGAGAAGGAAGGUUCGUCGGGUGCUGGCGAUUCUCUUGGAGAAGAGUUAGCGAAGGUGUACGAAGCGAUGCGAUUGGCGGAAGUAGAUAAAGCUCCAGCUCGUGCAAGUGCUAUACUUUCUGGUCUUGGCUUCUCGGUGGAACGACAAGCAUGGCCCACUAAGGCUUUCUCAGGUGGAUGGCGGAUGCGUCUUGCUUUAGCUCGCGCUCUCUUCUCUAAACCGGAUCUUUUGUUGCUUGAUGAACCUACUAACAUGUUAGACAUCAAAGCCAUUCUUUGGCUUGAGAAAUAUCUUCAAAAUUGGCCGACUACCCUCUUGGUUGUCUCUCACGACCGAAACUUUCUGGACACUGUACCAACGGAUAUCCUCUACUUGCGUGGACAGAAGAUUGAGUCAUAUCGUGGUAAUUAUGACCAAUUUUCGAAGACAAAGACUGAACGUGAACGUAAUCAGCAGCGAGAAUUCGAAGCUCAGCAAGCUAAACGAGCUCACGUUCAAGAAUUCAUCGAUCGGUUUCGAUACAAUGCAAAUCGUGCGUCCAGUGUGCAGAGCAAGAUUAAGAUGCUAGAAAAACUGCCAGAGUUGAAACCAAUGGAAAAGGAAAGUGAAGUUACUCUGCGAUUCCCGGAAGUAGAGUCUUUGAGUCCGCCUAUUUUGCAAUUGAAUGAAGUGUCGUUCCGGUACGAAGGUGUAGCCGACAAUUCCUAUAUCUUCACUGGUGUUAAUUUAACUGCCACACUUCAAUCUCGUAUUUGUAUCGUGGGUGAAAAUGGCGCUGGAAAAACGACACUUCUUAAAAUUAUAACCGGCACUUUGAGUCCAACUCAGGGCACCGUUCACGUACACCGUAAUCUUAAAUUUGGAUACUUCAGUCAGCAUCACGUCGAUCAACUAGAUAUGCGUGUCUGUUCCGUGGAGCUACUGCAAAAUCAUUUUCCUGGCAAGCCAGUAGAAGAAUAUAGAAGAAUGCUUGGAAGUUUCGGAGUUAGUGGUGACCUGGCGUUGCAAACAAUUAAUUCACUUUCCGGAGGUCAAAAAUCCAGGGUUGCCUUUGCUCUUAUGUGUGCAGCGAUGCCCAAUUUCCUUGUUCUUGAUGAACCAACGAAUCAUUUGGAUAUUGAAUCUAUUGAAGCACUAGGAAAAGCUCUGAACGCUUAUCAAGGUGGUGUCAUAUUAGUUUCACACGACGAACGUCUAAUUCGUAUGGUCUGUAAGGAACUUUGGGUUUGCGGCAACGGUUCUGUUCAUUGUAUGGAAGGUGGCUUUGACGAAUAUCGUAAAAUCAUUGAAAAGGAACUGGAAGCAUAAUGUCUUUUAAGAGUCGAAGGUUCUGCGAUUCAAGAAUUAUGGAUUAUCAGCUUCGCUGUCUACGAUGAUACGAAGAAUUUCAACCUCGUGCGGAUCAAGCUUGUACCAUUGGUUUUUUUUUAAUUGUGAAAAUGCUGCUGAUACCUCUUGCCACCGAAUGACAGAUAUAUAAAUUUUCGAUAUAUGACAAAGGAUUUACUUUGAAACAUUCUCAUACUAUUUGAAAAACACCAAUCAAGGAGUUUAAUAUUUAACUGCGAUCCAUUAUCACUUUGCCAAAUUCAAUAGUAAUACGAAUUCUAUUUGCAUUGUCCAAAGAUUAAAACAGCGUUAGUUGAAAUUGUAUCAUUAUAGAACUAACAGUCGAAUCUUCGAAAAAGUUUUUUGUAUCCUUAGAUACUGAUUAUGGAGCAUAAGUAUUAUAUGAGAACAGAUUCCAUGAGACAGUUAUUACGUUUUUCAAAUUAUAUUAUUCGGUGGCACGUUCGGUUAUAUCAGACGUUAAAUCAUUGAAAAGCGAUAGCGAUGUUAGAAGAUAGUAUCCUAUCAGAUUUUCGUUACCUUACACCUACUUUAAUAAAUGGACAAUUUGUUGAUAAUGA